AUGGCUGUGAUACUUCGAAGUAACACGGAUCUGGUCUAUUUACCUGAUCAUGGAUUUGUAGGGGAAGAAGGGGCUCUUCGAAUAUUACCUCAGAUAACAAGACAAAUUCACCGAAUUGAUAUCUCACAUAAUUUGUUAGGAUCGGCAGGUACAUUCACACUAUUCAAAGGAUUAUCAACAGUUCGACUAAGACACUCAUCACCUGAGCUGGGAUUAGGAUUAUGGGGAUUGAGAGAAGUCAAUUUAGGAAUGAAUGGAUUGGAUGAUUCAUCAUUCGAUUGCGUAUUGGCUUAUGCUAAGAAAGACGUCUGUUUGAACCGAGUUUUAGUUCAAGGAAACGAAAUCACUUUGAAGAAUAAUGUUGAAAGUAUAAUAAACUCACUGAAUUCAAGUCAUAUUUCAUCAUUGAGUUUGGUUAAUAACAUCUCAAUAGAUCCGGAUGGGUUAAUCAAAUUUGUUGAAACACUACAAUCAAAUUCAUUGAAACAACUUAACAUAUCAGCUUGUAAUUUACCUUCUUCAAUCUCUGAAUCGAUUUCCAACUACUUGAAAUCGAGUAGAUCAAGGAACUUGGAAUCAUUAGAACUGAAUGGUAAUCAAUUAGGUAGAGAAGGUAUAAUUCACAUUAUAGAUACUGUGGAAGAAAGUAAUUAUUCGAUUCAACAAUUGGGUUUAUUGGCAAAUCAUAUACAUUCUUCACGGAUUAUGACUAUGGAUCAAGAUGAUAUUGAGAUGGAUGGGACGAUAAGUGAACAGCAUAGAUUGAAGAUGAAAGUUGAUGAAGAAAGGAUAAUGGAAUAUCAAGUACAUCGUAGAUUACCUAUACUAUUAGAAAGGAAUAGAAUCUUGACUAAACGAAUACGUCAAGCCGCAUUGAGAACUCUAGUUCCCGCCCGAAUACUUUUGAACGCUUCCAGACCCUCAAAUGAACAGGUGGCCCGUACGGUCAUGGGCGAAAUAUCGGGUGGAUCAACUGUCUUCGUUGGAUUCCCAUUGUUGGAUUUACCUGAAGAAGUCAUACAGUUGAUAGUGAGACAUACGUCGGACGAUCCUUGGGCAUUCAGUGAAUCGCAGUGGACAAGAAUGAGGAAAGAAGCUACGGACAAAGAAGGCUUGAAGAAUAUCAUCAAGUUGAGAAUGGAGAGGUCAAGAGGUAAAAGUAGAGAAGAGGAAAGGGAAAUAAGGAGGAAGAUGAAGGAGGAAUGGCUGACUAGGGGAAAGUGGGACAGGUGGGAACAAUAG